AUGAAAAUAGCAGAGUUUGAUUCAUUUGUUGCAAAGGGCUCGGAGAAAGUUCAAUUUAUAGGAAUAUGUGGAAUGGGAGGAUUAGGGAAAACUACUCUUGCAAAAGUUGUUUAUGAGAAAAUACACAAAGACUUUGAAGUUCAUUGCUUUCUUCAUAAUGUUAGAGAGUUAGCUGCAAAAGAUGGUGGUUUGAUAUUAUUGCAAAGAAAACUUCUUUCUCAUUGUCAUUCAAAAAAAACAAUUAGCAUCGAAGUAGGUGAUCAUGACGAAGGAAGGAAAUUGAUAAAAAGACUGUUAUGUAAUACAAGAGUUUUACUUGUCCUUGAUGAUGUGAGCGACAAAAGCCAUCUUGAGAAUUUGGCUGGAAAUCAAGAAUGGUUUGGCCAAGGGAGUAAAAUAAUAAUAACAACUAGAGAUCAUCGUCUAUUAUCGUUGCAUUAUGAUAGAGUUUCUCAACACAAGGUGAAAUUCUUAAGUCAUGCUGAGUCCUCUCAACUUUUUCUUCAAACAGCUUUUAAAGGAGAGCAGCCAAGCCAAGAUUAUUUAGAGCUUUCUAAAACUGUGAUUAAAUCUACUAAAGGCCUUCCUUUAGCACUCAAAGUAUUUGGUUCAUUUCUUUGUGGAAGAACUAUAUUAGAAUGGAAGGAUGCACUUAGGAAAGUUCCUCCAAAUGACAUUUUGAAGAUACUUAAAGUGAGCUUUGAUGGACUAGAAUAUAAUGAGAAGACAAUAUUUUUGGAUAUUGCUUGCUUUUUCAAUGGAAUGGCCAAGGAUGAUGUCAUAGAAAUUUUAAAAAAUUGUGAUCUUUACCCAACAAUUGGAAUUGCAGUUCUUAUUGAGAAAUCAUUGGUAACUGAAGAUGAAGGGCGUUUGAGGGUGCAUGACAUGCUUCAAGAAAUGGGUAAGGAAAUUGUUUUUUGUGAAUCACCAAAUGAUGUUGGAAAACGUAGUAGGAUAUGGUCCUUAGAGGAUGCUAAUCAUGUCCUCAAAAAUAAGAAGUCCCUAGAAUGUUUGAAGUUCAUUGAUUUGAGUCAUUCAACAUACUUGAUGAGAACACCAAAUUUUGAUGAAACUCCUAAUCUUCAAAGAUUGAUUCUUGAAGGGUGCACAAAGCUUGUUCAAGUUCACCACUCUCUUGGGCAACAUAAGAAUAUUGUCUUCAUUAAUUUGAAAGGUUGCAAAAGCAUUAAAACCCUUCCUAAAAAAUGUGAGAUGAAUUGCUUAGAGACAUUUAUUCUCUCUGGUUGUUCAAAAGUUAAAAAACUUCCUGAGUUUGGUGAAGGUAUGGAACGUUUAUCCAGGCUUGAUUUAGAGGAGACUGCUAUAUCCGUGCUACCUCAAUCAUUGAUCAAUUUGAUUGGUCUUACUAUAUUAAAUUUAAGGAAUUGCAAAAAUCUAGUUUGCCUUCCAUGUGAUUUUCAAAAAUUGAAAUCAAUAAAGAUUGUCAAUACUUUUGGUUGCUCAAAGUUAUCAAAGCUUCCAAAGAAUUUGAAUGAAAAUGAGGCUUUAGAAGAGCUUGAUUUGAGUGGAACUGCUAUAAAAGAAGUGCCUCCAUCCUUGAAUAAUCUAAAAGUAUUAUCUCUUAGUAGACUUAAGGGUUAUGAGCAAUCAAAGUCAUCAUCAUGGAAUUGUUGUUCCCUUCUUAGGUUUCAAAGGCCUUUAAGUUCAACAAAGUUAUUGUGGUCUCCUCCUCUUUCAAAUCUAUCAUAUUCUCUGGUCCAAUUACAUUUAGCUUAUUGCAAUCUUCAUGAUGCAUCACUAUCCAAUGAAAUUAGCAGGUUACCAUCAUUAACAACAUUAGAUCUAUGUGGAAAUAACUUUGUCGACUUUCCUUCUGACCUAAUUUGCAAUCUUGGAAAGCUUGAAUGCAUUACUCUUAAUGAUUGCCCAAAGCUUCAAUCUUUGCCUCGACUUCCCUCAAGCUUGUCAACUAUACUAGCAAGUGACUGUCUAUCAAUCAAACAUUAUGUAUGCUCACAGCAACUAUGGGAAUUCAUCGAAUCAUUUCAAUCUCAGUGUGACUUCUUUUUGCAACCUACUCGCAUGUUAACUGUUCCUGGUAGUGAAGUGCCAUCAUGGUUUCAUAAUCAACACUACUUUUGUCAGGAAGAUUUUCCUUUUGACAAUUCUGUGACAAAUGUGUCAUUUAUAAUAAACAUGCCUGACUCAUACUAUUCAAGUGAAUGGUGGGGCAUAGCUGUAUGCUUGGUGCUAGAAAAUGACUUGGAAUCUGCAAAUCUUGACGAUGAUGAUGAUAGCAGUGAUGAUGCUAUUUGGUGGACUUAUAGAUUUCCUAAUGGUAAAUAUUCAAAAUCAUAUCGUGGUUGUGGGAUAUAUCUCCAGUCUAAAUGUUGUCAUCAACUAUGUAUUAUCUACAUUUGUUGCUCUUCUUUUUUUGUGGACCAACUUCAAUUGGUAUUUUUCACUAACAACAAGGGUCAAAAGAAGUCUGUUCUUAGAAUAGGUAAGUGUGGUUGGCGUGUGUUAUGCAAAGAAGAUGUUGAGAGAUGGCAAAAUACAGGAGAUGAAGGAAAUAGUGUCAGCAAUAAUGAUCAGUUCAUUGUUGAAGAGGAUGAAUCUACCUCAGAUAUAGAGCCUAGCUCAUACUAA